AUGUCUUUUCUUGCUGGCGCUGGAUGCUCAGCAGCGGCUAAUCCGGCUAAAAAGCUAAGCCAGUUUACAAAUACUUCGUUGCAACGGCCUUCUACCUUUCCAAAUGCAUCUUCGACUGCGCAAGCGUCAGCUUCUAGCUCACAAUCAUUGACGAAAGAGGCAACUGAAUUUGAACAGUUCAAAUCAUUCAAUGCGUCACAACCUUUAAAUUCAACUUCCUCUCCAUCUUCCUUUUCUCAAUCAUAUCAGGCUUCUACGGCUCAACACUACUCGUUAAAAAGCUCAGCUACCCCAGUAACGGCUCAAUGGAAUGCGGAAUUUGCACAGUUCUCUCGUCCGAAAGAUUCUCAAGCUCUUCAAUCCCCCUUCCAAAAUCAGAGUACUUUCCAUGCCCCUCCCGCUGCAUUACAAAAUCCUCUAGUCUUCCAUUCGUCACAACAAGUUCCCGAAUAUCUCCCGCGUGUAGUCCCCGAUUCUUGGGAUGAGCAGUUUUCGUUGGCCGAAAAAGCUGCAAAGCAACUCCAUUUAGCAGAUAAACAAGAAGUAGGAACCGAGCAAACUACCGUUAAGUCUUCGGAAAAAACUUUAGAAGAAAAAUGGCAGGAUCAUCAAAAGGAGCUCGAACGGUUAGGAAAGGCUGCUCAAACACUGGAGGAAUAUCAGAGUCAAUGGGAAUCUUUUCUUGAAACCCAGGGCAUGGAUGCGGAAAAUUAUCGAACCUCUGAUGCCAAUUUCUCAAAAUCCAUUCCGUCAAAACUUUCUGCAGCAAAUUCCAUUGAACAACUAGCUGACUCUUUAAAAGGGAAAUCUGCUUAUGAUCGGGCAAUAGACCUUAUUAACAAGCAGGGCUCAUAUGCCGAGGCUUGUGUACUGCUAGAAGUAGCUGUGCUACAAGACAGUAAAAACGCAAAUGCCUGGGCCAAACUAGGUUGGAUGCAUACCAUGCUAGGUAACGACUCUAGAAGUGCAGAAGCUUUUCGUAACUACGUUGCUUUACAGCCUAAUGAUCACGGUGCACUAUUGGAACUUGCUGUCGCCUACGUGAAUACCGAGAGGACAACGGAGGCAUUACUUACGAUAGAGCAUUGGCUUCAUGCCACCUUCCCUGACAUGUCGUCAAAGUUCAAACAAAUUUCGGGUUUCUAUGAUUCACAAGAUGGCGCUACUGACAUUGACAAGAUGCGCGCCUGUCUUUUGGAGACCAUUUACUCUAAUCAAAGCGACAAGCUACAAAUUGAUUUGCAAUCAGCUCUUGGAUUAAUGAUGUUUCUCUCUGGCGAUUUUGAAAAGGCUUAUGACUGUUACCAUUAUGCUGUUGAGCACAAUCCUACGAAGCCCGAGUAUUGGAACAAACAAGGGGCAUCAGCAACAAACUGUGAACGACACGUAGAAGGCAUUGAAUCAUAUAAGUCCGCGCUUAGAGUGAUGCCGCAGUUUGUUCGUCCCCUGUCGAACCUUGCGAUCUCGAGCAUCAACUUACGCUGUUACAAAGAGGCUACCGAUUACAUUUUGGAAGCACUAGACUUGGUAAACGAUAAAAAAGGAAUUCUAGCCAACUGCGAAUCGAAUGUUGAACUCUGGGGAUUAUUAAGAAAGGUUUUGCUUAUCGGUUUGGAACGAACUGACCUUGCUUCGUUAGCAAAGCCAGGAGGUGAUAUCAAUUAUAUUCGUUCGAAAGUGAAUGAGAUAGAGCGUCCUUGA